GAACAGUGAUAUGAAACAAGCAUCAAAUAAAAAGGCUAAUAUGAAUAUAAAUACCCCUCUCUUACCAGGAGAAGAAAAUAAAUGAAAAAAAGACCUAAGAAUAGAGUAUUUGGCAUCGCUGGGAGAAUGCAUUAUGUGUGAUCUUGACUUCAGUGUCCAAGCUGAAACGUACUGAAGUUCUGCUGCAUUCCUCUUUCCGUCUUUUCACGAGCCUACCAUGCUCUAAUUCCCGCCGCCCCCCCUUGCUCUCAGCUCUCUCCAAAUGACGUCAUAGGCCUUAUCACCCAAAGCUGCGCAGACGACAGACAGGACCUGUACUUAUAAUUGACCUUGCUCUGAAUUGACCUGCGAUCGGCCGUCGCGUCGCUCGUGCUCACGCAGACCUCUCCAAGAUUUCAGAUAUGGACGUCUUCAUUAGGUGUAGCUCCGGUUGGUGGUCCGUCCAUGUAAAUCCUGAGGACACAGUUGCACAUCUAAAGUGCAAGAUUGAACGCCAAUAUCCUUUUAGGAAAGCUCACACAAGCCUUGAAACGGGAAUUCCUUUUCUCAUUUACCGUGUGUGGAACAUAUUGACAUUCUGCAUCUCCUAUGACUUCAAGAUGCAGCAACAUAGCUUGAACCUCUUUGAUCUCUCUGUCAUAAGUCCCUUCUUUGAGAUCAUUCGCAUCGUAGUGGACUCGCAUUCGAGGAUCCUGGACCUCAAGCAGGAAAUUGCCCGGUCGGAAGGGGUUGAAGUCAGUCGCCAGAUCCUGCGGGCGGGAGAGCAAGUCCUGCGAGACGACAAAACGUUGAGGGAUUACGACAUCGAGGGCUCCGCCGUUCUCUGGCUGGAGUUCAGAUCGGCCAAGGCGUGCGGUGUGUUCCUGCAGGGAGCGGCUUCCUUUGUCUUGGGCGUCGGGGUGUUCCUGCAAGCGCUCCUGAUUGUUUGGUUGCUUGAUGUGGCCAUACGUGUGCAUGAUGAAGUGAUGUGUACAUUGUGUGCAUAUGUGUCUUCGAUUGUGUGCGUAUGGGCAUAUGUGUGGAGGAAAUUAUGAAAUUAUAUCUGUAAUUUAGAAAGGUUUGUUUAUGGUUUGCAUUUUUUUUGCUUUGCAUCUGCAGUUCAUUUUUUCGGAAACGAUCACAUUUAUUACAUUUUUUUUUGUAUAUUGUAUCAUCGUAACACUAAGAUGUAUAUUACAUCCAUUUAUAAUAAAUCGGAUUCUUACAA